AUGCGCACAAAGCAAGAAACAGCGAGGCUAGCAUCCCGCUCCUUCGUAUCCUCCAGUAGCAAUGCGGCCUCUUCUACCUCUACGGAUCCAGUCGAAGAAGAGUAUACCAAUCCAUACAAGGCCAAACGAAGAUGGCCACCAGACAUGACCAAGUUGUCGCCGAAACAGCAGUUUAGGCUAGAACGAAAAUACAGACGUCGCUCAAAAUUAAAAUGGGCUAGACCAACGUGGACAAAGUGGACAAAAUUGGUACAAUGGGGUCUAAUUGGAUUUGUUUUGGUAUACUCAGUCUUAUUUAUGGAAAUGAAGGAUGGCGGUACCAAUCCAUUCCAGGGGUUCCGUGAGUAUAUCAAGACGCUCUUUGAUGAUUCGGUUUUGUCCGCACGCCGACCUGCACUUCGGAACGAGCCUACUUCCCCGAUUGAAAAGACCGAACGCCAGUGA